CGGAAAUCUUCUUCUCACUUCUUUGAGAAGUGCUGGAGCUGGGGUGUGGGGGAUGCCUAUCAGAAAGCAACAAAGAACUGUUUUGUGAAGGUGCUUGAAUCUCAUCUGUGUUGUCUUAAAAGGAGCGCUUAGAGGUAGACAGACGGCUGAGCAGGAAGAAGUAGGCAUCGGGAGGAAAUGGAGAAUAAACACUUUGCCAAUUUCCAAAAAGAAUAUCCAGCCCACAGAGAAGAGAUUCAGAAGUGCAUCAGAUGCCUUUAUGAAAUAGCAGAUAAAAUUGACAAGACCAAUAAGGAUUGCACCAUCACCAAUAUCGUUGUCAGCUCUGCAGGAGCCACCUCUGGCAUCUUGGGCACCCUGGGACUGACUCUGGCCCCAUUCUCUGCUGGUAUUAGUUUAAUUCUGUCAGCCACUGGGAUUGAUUUAGGGGUAGCUGCAACAGCUACUGACAUAUCUGCUUCUGUGGCCAAGUAUAUUAUUGAUUCAGAGGAUUUGAAAAAAGUACAGGUGUUAAUGAAAGAAUGUCAGGAAAGCAUAAGAAUUGUGAUGCAUGCUGAUGAAUUUGAUUUCAGCCCUUAGGCAGAAGUUGCUAAGUUUGUGUACAAAUGUUAUAAAGUACGUGAUGGCAUCAAAAAAUUCCAAGCCCAUGUAAAGGCAUUGAAGGUCGCUCGAGCUAAUCCUGAAAUAGCAGCUUUAGCCCAGCAAGCUACUGCUGCAAGAAGUGCCACCAGGGCUUCAAUGGAGGGCCUUGAAGAAGUAGAAACAGCAUUUAGAGGUACAGCCCUUGCAAUGACCAGAGGAGGAAGAAUGCUGAGGGCUGCAUCAGCUGGGUUUUUUCUCCUCUAUGAUGCCUACAGCAUUGUCCAAGCUGCUCUACAUUUGACAGAGGGAGCCAAGACAGCUGUGGCAGCUGAGAUCAGAGAAAGGGCUAGUAAGUUGGAAGAGGUACUGCAAGACCUUGACAAGCUGUAUAAGGAGCUGAAUAAGAAAUACUAGACUACAGUACUAGAAGCAUAUUCAGGCAUCCACUUCAACAUAUGAGGGCUAAAAUAAAUGUGCAUUCAAACUGCUUUCCCAAGAUUCUUGUGUGCCAGCUAUUUUCCUGAUUUUUGCUGCUCAACAUGUAAGUCUAAAGAUGGUACCUAAGCAUGCUCAGCCUUAAAGCCUUCCUAGGAUGAGGAAUGGAGAGUACAUUCAGAGAAGCAUCUUUAGAUCAUAGAAGCCUUUUUUCAGACCUUUGAGAUAAGUGUUGUUAUGUGCUUUGAAGUCGUUUCUGACUUAUUGCAAUCCUAAGGCAAACAGUUCCAGGGUCUUCUUGGAAAAUUUUGUUCAGAGGAGGUUUGCCAUUGCCUUCCUCUGAUGUUGAGACCAUGGGACUUGCCCAAGGUCACCCAGUGGGUUUCACAGCCAAGCCAGGAAUUGAGCCCUGUCUCCAGCAUCACAGCCCAACACUCAACUCACUAUGCCAAUGCUGCAUGCUGGAAGGGUGGGCAUAAAACUUGCAAGUCUGUGUCUGGUGCCCCCUAUCUUUUUGCCUAUCUCACUAUGAAGGAGGGGCAAGAAAGAGGGAUAAGAAGUGGGGAAGGGAGAGAGAGGCAAACUCCAUUCUACUGGGAAAAAUACAAAUGGGGAGGAAUGCUGGGAGGUGCAACUUAGAAACAUCUGCAAGGCUACAUAAUUUCCUCACCUGCCUUACAGGAUGUUAAUCAGUAUAUUAUACUAGAUUGUGGUGUAGAACCUUACCUAGAAUUGUGCUUUCAACUAAUUCUGGAAGAAAGAGCUGUAUAGAUACUCUCCUCUGAUGCCUUAGAAUUUCUGAAGGGUUUGUUUGCCUUUUUCAUGUUCUGUGAAAUCUUUGUGCUGUCAGUUAACCAAAUGCUCUACAGUAUUUCCUUUCACUCAUUUUUCCCCAUAUAUGUUGUAAAAAAAUUGCUGGAUGCAUAAAUAAAAAUGGAAAAUAAACAUGAGAGCACUGUUAAAUCUCAGUUUCUUAUGAAAGCAAAUAAACUGA